CGCGCUCGUGUUCGGGAUUCUCUUUGUUUUUUUUUUUUCCACGUUGGGUCAAAUGCAGGCCGAUCGCGCGCUCGACAACACGCGUCGAAUCGUCUCUCUGCUCUCGUUGCUGGAAAUAUUAUAUUAUGCUCACGUAAUUGCGAUCCGAUAGCGAAGGAAGUGACAGUGACGAUCUAUAGACAAGAAAAAAAAUUAUCGUGCGAUGUGUUGACGUUUACUUGCAGGCAGCGAGAUACUGUUGCUUUGUUGUGUAUUGUUUUGGAGUUUCGGAGAAAACCUCCCUUUUUUUUUUUUUGAACGCGCGCGCGCACCAACCGCGUCCCUGUCAGUGUGCACAAGCUCUCGGAACUUCAAGCACAGAUGAUUUACGACAGCGGCAGCAGCGAAGACGAGGCGUGCCUCCCAACGACGCCAGCUCAAAACGUGGUAAUCCCGGAAAAGCGCGCGCGCCGCACGAGCGACGUGAUAGACAGCAUAGGCGAGUCGAGUUACGGAUCCUCGCCCACGCUGUCCCACUCGUCGGGGAGUCCGCGGUUCUCCUUCGACUCUCCCUUCUACUCGCCGACCGCCACCACCACCACUACUCCGGGCAUUUUCCCCGGAACGCCCGCCACCGGCUACAGCACUCCGCAACGACCUCCUCAGCCAGCUCAUUGGAACACCGGCUCGAUGGUCUCACCGGAUCUGGGCUACUCCACUCCCGAGCGUUCGCAUCACGGCAUGUGCUACGCGGACGGAUCGAGCCAAAAAAUCGAGUUGCACGAUGCCUUAGGACCCAGAACGCUUGGCGGGCAAUAUCCCUUUUCAUCCGUGGUGUCGGGACAGAUGCCGGUUCCAAAAGACGCCGAUCGGUACAACAUGGGCCACCGGCAGAGAGGCAAGUGCGUGAUUUUCAACCACGAGAGAUUCGACACGGGCUUCGAGACGCGCGAGGGCUCCAGCAUAGACGCCCACAGGAUCGAACAGACGUUCGAGAGGCUCGGCUUCGCUGUCGAGAUCUGCAACGACUACGAGUUCGCCGACGUCAUGCAGAAAAUCAACGAAUUGAGCCAGGAAGACCACAGCAAUAGCGACUGCCUCUGUAUAUUCGUGCUGACCCACGGGCUAAAGAACAACGUCAUCUGCGCCAAGGACGCCGCGUACAACAUCGAGAGACUCUGGAAGCCUUUCACGGCCGAGAGAUGCGUCACUUUGGCUGGAAAGCCGAAACUGUUUUUUCUGCAGGCUUGCCGUGGGGACAGUCUCGACGAGGGCGUUCGAAUGCACAGUGCAAAAGUGAGCGAGACCGACUCGAUCGACUCCUACAAGAUCCCGACGCACGCCGAUUUCCUUUUCGCCAAUUCGACGGUGGAAGGUUUUUAUUCCUGGAGGAAUCCAGUCGUGGGUACCUGGUACAUUCAGAGCCUCUGCCAGAUGCUGGACGAGUAUUCGCCGACGGUGGACCUCGGCCGCGUGCUCACGAUGACGGCUCGUAAAGUGGCCAUGGACUUUGCCAGCUACAACGAUCUGGAUCCUGGGUUGCACGACCUCAAACAGGUGCCCAUGGUUACCUCGACGCUCAUACGAGACUUGUACUUUGCGCCCAAGGAUGGAUAGUAGCUGGGGACGCGAGGCGUCCGGGGGAUCGAAAAAUGUGUUCAUACAAGACGAUCGUUCAUUUUUUUUUUUUUAAAUCAAUUUUGCCGAUCGAGCGCGACGUUUAUUCACUUUUUAUGAAGACACGCAAUGAAGACAAGCGCCGAGGGUGAGCGAUCGUCCAUAUUACUUACAUGUGUUCUUGUUUUGAUGUUGUCUACGGAGUUUGAUGAGAGGCAGGCCUUGUUUUUCGAGUGGCCUCGCGUCUAAUCGACUUUUGUUCAUUUUUGAGUCAUAUUGCUUAGUUGUAUGCUUUACGUUUUACUUUAGUAAUAAUACAUAUGAGAUUAAAUCAAAACGUGAAGCAAAAAAUUACAAACAAGGCCGAUGAAAACGUCUCCGACUCACAAUUAAAUAGCUCGUGAAAUAAAUUCAAUCUUUGAUCAAUCUGCAAUUGUUUUCAUUCCCAUCGAUUGUAAGGAUUUUCUAUGAUCAACGCCUUAACGAAAAGUAUUCAUGAAUUUAUAUUUAUACAUAUAUAUGAGUAAGUUCACAAUCAUAAAUAUAAGUAUUAUAGUAUACGACGUAUGUUUCUCGAUGAUAAAAUAUAUUAUAUAUUAACGUUUUAAUUAUAAAAAUUUAAU